CCGACGGCCACUCCUGCAUACCUCAUCCUUUUCUCUCUUUCUGUCUCCCUAUAUUAUCUCGCGUUUAUCAGUAAAAUUGCAAGAUUAAAAUGUCAAAACGGCCUGAUUGGUCAGGGUACAACUAUGGGGCGAUCUCUUCGCUCGUCCUCACCACCGAUCGAUCUGCUCUCCCACGACGAGACCGAGAACCGGAUGGAGCACCUGAAACGCUUGUGGGGCGUAUAGACCCCAAGCAGAUGGGCUCACGCGCCUUCCGCGAGACGCCCAAAGACCUAGAGAAGAAAAAGAAACGAGCUGCUGAGGAGGCUGGCGAUCGAGAGCGGGCUGCACCGAAGAAACGCACUGGUGCUGCGGGAGGAUUUGGCUAUACUGAUAUUAUUGAGGCAACGCAGGACCUUGAGGGGUUAACUUACCGCCCGCGAACGGCAGAGACGAGGGAGAUAUACGAGCUCAUGUUGGGAACCGUGCACCAAGCCCUCGGAGACCAGGCGCAGGAUGUCGUGCGCUCUGCGGCAGACGCGGUGCUCGAGGUGCUCAAGUCAGACGAGAUGAAGGACUUCGACAAGAAGAAAGAGAUCGAGGAAGUCAUCGGCCCACUGCAGGCAGAUGUUUUCUCCCAGCUUAUCAACCUGUCGAAGAAGAUCACAGAUUACGGCGAGGAAGAUCAGGCGAAGGCCGAUCCCGAUGCAGAGCGAAGAGAUGCCGAGAUCGAUGAUGAGACUGGUGUCGCUGUUGUCUUCGAGGAUGACGAAGAGGAGGAGGAGGAGGAAGAGAAAGAAGGCUUUGAAAUCCGUGAUGAGGACGAGGAGGAAGAAGAAGAGGGUGGUGCAGUCAACGAGGUGGAACAGGCAGAUGCCGACGCUGAUGCUGAAAUGGCGGAAGCGGGAGAGGGGGAGGCGAUGCUUGUUUUUGGGACCGAGGGUGCUGCUGGACCCGGCGGGGCAGCUAAAGACAAGGACACACUCUCACCUCACCAAGUCGAUGCAUUCUGGCUUCAACGCCAAAUGGCAGAAGUGUACCCCGACCCCGUCACAGCUGCAGAGAAGACCACCGCUGCGCUCAGCAUCCUGGAAUCUGAAGCAAACAUCCGAGACGCAGAGAACGAGCUCAUGGAUUUGUUUGAUUACGACAACGACAAAUUUGACCUCGUGCGCAAGCUGAUCAAAAAUCGCGAUGUGGUCAACUGGGCGACCAAGUGGCAUCGUGCCGGCGAUAACGAAAAGAUGGACGUCGAAGUGGCCAUGCGUGAGAAGGGCGUUGGGUGGAUCGCAAGAGUCCUUCGAGGAGAUCGCACCGCACCCGCAGCAUCAGCGUCGGCGGAAAUCCCUGCUGCGCUGAAGACAGCACCGAUCCCAGCUAAGGCUACUCUUGCACCUGGUUCAGCAGUCCUGCAGCCGCGGAGGGCUGUCGACUUGGAGGGUAUGAUGUUCUCACAAGGCGGCCAUCUUAUGUCAAACAAAUCCGUCAAACUACCGGAAGGCUCAUUCAAGCGACAGAAGAAAGGUUACGAGGAGAUCCAUAUCCCAGCACCGAAAAAGAAGCAGGCAGACGAGAAGGAGCUCGUUCCUAUCACAUCGCUGGAACCUUGGAUCCAGGAAGCCUUCCCAGGUGCUAGGUCGCUCAACAGGGUACAGAGUAAGGUGUACCCCAUUGCGUAUGGCAAUGACGACCCCAUUCUGCUUUGCGCGCCCACGGGUGCUGGCAAAACGAACGUUGCGAUGUUAUGUGUCUUGAACGAGCUCAGCAAACACCGUGAUCCAGAAACAGGCGCCUUCGACCUCGAUGCUUUCAAGAUCGUAUACGUGGCACCAAUGAAAGCGCUUGUUCAAGAGAUGGUUGGCAACUUCGGCGCUCGGUUGAAACCAUUCGGAGUCAAAGUCGGCGAGCUGACUGGUGAUAGCCAGCUUACGAAGCAGCAAAUCGCUGAGACACAAAUCAUCGUAACGACUCCAGAGAAGUGGGAUGUCAUCACACGGAAGAGCAGUGAUACCAGCUAUACUAAUCUGGUACGCCUCAUGAUCGUCGACGAGAUCCACUUGCUGCACGACGACCGUGGUCCGGUACUCGAAAGCAUCAUCGCCCGAACGAUACGCCGCAUGGAGCAAACUAAGGAGUACGUCCGCCUCGUCGGAUUAUCAGCAACCCUCCCGAACUAUCAAGACGUUGCACGAUUCCUACGUGUGGAACCAACACGGGGCCUUUUCUACUUUGAUGCCAGCUUCCGUCCUGUCGGCUUGAGGCAAGAGUUCAUCGGUGUCACUGAGAAGAAGGCCAUCAAGCGAUUCCAGGUUAUGAAUGAAGUGUGCUACGAAAAGGUGCUUGACCAGGCCGGGACAAACCAGACUCUAGUGUUUGUUCAUUCGCGGAAGGAAACCUCUAAGACGGCAAAGUUCAUCCGUGACAUGGCCGUCCAGAAGGAGACCAUAACCCAAUUCGUCAAGCCAGACAGUGCGACGCGUGAAAUCCUUCUCACUGAGGUGGAGAACGUGAAGGACUCGAAUUUGCGAGACCUGCUGCCAUUCGGUUUCGGCAUCCAUCAUGCUGGAAUGACCAGGGAGGAUCGUACUCUCGUCGAGGAUCUGUUCACCGAUGGACAUCUUCAAGUGCUAGUGGCCACUGCCACCUUGGCGUGGGGUGUCAACCUUCCUGCUCAUUGCGUCAUCAUUAAGGGCACUCAGAUCUACAAUCCUGAGAAAGGUCGCUGGGUCGAACUUUCGAGUCAGGAUGUCCUGCAAAUGCUCGGCCGUGCCGGUCGACCCCAAUUCGACACCUAUGGCGAAGGCAUUAUCAUCACGAAUCAUUCGGAGCUGCAGUACUACCUCAGCUUGAUGAACCAGCAACUUCCAAUCGAGAGUCAAUUUGUCAGCAAACUUACUGAUAACCUCAAUGCCGAGAUUGUCCUUGGUACGAUCCGUAAUCGUGACGAAGCCGUCCAAUGGCUGGGCUAUACGUACUUGUACGUGCGGAUGCUGCAAUCACCGGCGUUGUAUCAAGUUGGCUUUGACUAUAUGGAGGAUGAUCCGUUCCUAGUUCAGAAGCGUGCUGACAUCGUGCACACUGCCGCUGCUCUCUUGGAGAAGGGCCAAUUGAUCAAGUACGAUCGCAAGACUGGUAUCUUCCACAGUACGGAACUCGGCCGCAUUGCCAGUUACUAUUAUGUGACGUACAACUCCAUGGCAACGUAUAAUCAACAUCUACGGUCCACCAUGUCUAUGAUCGAUCUUUUCCGCGUCUUUGCCCUCAGCAACGAGUUCAAGCUCAUCCCAGUCCGGCAAGAGGAGAAGCUCGAACUAGCCAAGAUGUUGGAGCGAGUGCCAAUCCCUGUGAAGGAAGGCGUAGACGACCCUCAGGCGAAGAUUAAUGUACUGCUGCAAGCAUACAUAUCAAACCUCAAACUCGAAGGUUUUGCCCUUGUUGCCGACAUGGUUUAUGUAACUCAAUCUGCGGGCCGCAUCUUGCGUGCGAUUUUCGAAAUUUGUCUGAAGCGUGGCUGGGCCAUGCCCACCAAAUCCGCUCUUGACAUGUGCAAGAUGGUGGAAAAGCGAAUGUGGAACUCCAUGAGCCCGCUGCGGCAGUUCCGUGGUAUCCCCGCGGACAUCAUCCGAAGGGCAGAACGCAAGGAAUUUCCGUGGUAUCGCUACUUCGACUUGCAGCCACCAGAAAUCGGUGAACUCAUCGGUGUGCAGAAGGCAGGUCGAAUGGUGUAUCGCUAUGUACACGCCUUCCCAAAACUGGACCUCCAAGCGCAUGUUCAACCGAUCACUCGAUCUCUUCUACGCAUCGACCUCACGAUCACUCCUGAUUUUCAAUGGGAUGAACAGAUUCAUGGUGCAUCUGAGUUGUUCUGGAUCAUGGUCGAGGACGUUGAUGGAGAAAUCAUUCUGUUCCAGGAUCAAUUCUUGCUCAGAAAACAAUAUGCUGAAGACGAGCACACGGUCACCCUAACGGUACCCAUGUUCGAGCCCGUGCCUCCCAACUACUUUGUCUCCAUCAUUUCCGACCGUUGGCUACAGUCUGAGACUCGGCUACCCAUCUCCUUCAAACACCUCAUUCUUCCUGAGAAAUUCCCCCCACACACUGCUCUUCUGGACCUUCAGCCUCUGCCAGUUUCCGCCCUCCAUAAUAAGGAGUUUGAACAGUUAUAUUCGAACUUCCAACAUUUCAACAAAAUUCAAACUCAAGUGUUCCCUGCUCUGUACACCACCGAUGACAGCGUGUUUGUCGGUGCUCCAGCAGGCAGUGGCAAGACGAUCUGCGCAGAGUUUGCACUUCUACGAUUAUGGUCCAAGGCAGAUACACCUCGAGCAGUAUGCAUUGAACCGUAUCAAGAAAUGGUAGAUCUUCGAGUAGCUGAGUGGCAGGAGAAAUUCAGGGAUCUCCAGGGAGGCAAAGAGGUUGUCAGCCUUACUGGUGAGACGAGUGCCGAUCUACGUUUGCUGGAAAGGGGGGAUUUGAUUGUCUGUACUCCCACUCAGUGGGACGUCCUCUCCCGGCGUUGGAAGCAGCGCAAGAACGUCCAGAAUAUCGGCCUCUUUAUCGCCGACGAAGUCCAUCUUGUAGGAGCUGAGGUCGGCCCCACGUACGAGAUAAUUAUUUCUCGAACGCGAUACGUUUCAGCACAGACCGAGGUCAAGACUCGGAUUGUAGCUUGCGGCGUCUCUUUGGCGAACGCCCGCGAUCUGGGCGAAUGGAUCGGUGCGAGCCCUCAAACUAUUUUCAACUUCUCGCCUGGAGCCCGGCCUAUGCCAAUGGAAGUUCAUCUGCAGAGUUACACCAUUCCCCACUUCCCCUCUUUAAUGCUUGCGAUGGCGAAACCCGCUUACUUGGCGAUUCUGGAGCAUUCUCCGAACAAGCCCGUGAUUAUCUUCGUGCCCAACAGGAAGCAGUGCCGUUUAACGGCAGAUGAUAUCCUAACGUACUGCCAAGCAGAUGAAGAGGAGAACCGCUUCGUCCAUAUCGAAGAGGAUGACUUAAAACCUCAUCUUGAGCACUUGACUGAUCGCGGCCUAGUCGAAACCCUCAGCCAUGGAGUGGGCUACUACCAUGAAGCACUCAACAAGCAGGACAAACGAAUCGUACAGCGACUGUUCGAAGCUGGCGCCAUCCAAGUCCUGAUUGCUUCUCGCGAGACUGCGUGGGGUCUCCCAGUGUCGUGCAACAUGGUAAUACUCAUGGGGCUCCAGUUCUUUGAAGGAAAAGAACACCGUUACGUGGAUUAUCCCAUGAAUGAAGUUCAUCAGAUGAUGGGCCGAGCUUGCAAUCCUGCUACCGGCAGUAGCAGUCGUUGCGUGCUCAUGCUCAACCAGACGAAGAAAGAGUUCUAUCGGAAGUUCUUAAAUGAGGGAUUGCCUAUCGAAUCGCACUUGCCGACUCAUAUGAUCCACGACUUUUUCCUUGCGGAAAUAGCCGUCAGGACGAUCGAGAACAAACAGGAUGCCAUCGACAUAUUGACAUGGACAUACUUCUACCGCCGUAUGACACAAAACCCGAAUUACUACAACCUCAGCGCUGUUAGCCAUCAACAUCUUUCCGAUCAUCUUUCAGAACUCGUGGAGACAACCCUCAACGACCUCGUGAACGCUAAAUGCAUUGCUAUCGAAGACGAGAUGGAUGUAGGGCCAUUGAACCUUGGCAUGAUCGCUGCCUACUACAAUAUCUCUUAUGUGACUGUCGAGGUCUACAGCAUGUCGCUCAAGCCAACGACCAAGUUAAAGGGGUUACUUGAAAUUGUCUCUUCCUCGGCCGAGUUCGAAACUGUCCCCAUCCGUCGGCAUGAAAAUGUUCUGCUCAAGCGAAUUUACGACCGUGUUCCCGUCAAGCUAGACCAGGUCAACUAUGAUGCGCCGUAUUUCAAGACUUUCCUCCUUCUCCAGGCCCAUUUCUCUCGUAUUCAGCUUCCCCCUGAUCUAGCUGCGGAUCAAGCUCUCAUCCUCAGCAAGGUACUCAACCUCCUCUCUGCCUGCGUCGAUGUCAUGUCUUCCAAUGCAUUCCUCAACGCCCUUGGUGCAAUGGACCUCUCGCAGAUGUGCGUUCAAGCCAUGUGGGAGACCGACUCCCCUCUGAAGCAGAUUCCGCACUUUGAGACUGAUGUUAUCAAGCGGUGCACUGAUGCUGGCGUUGAAUCCGUCUACGAUGUCAUGGAGCUCGAGGAUGAACAACGCAACAAUCUCUUGCAGAUGAGCAGACGUCAGAUGGCAGAUGUGGCCAAAUUUGUCAACUCGUAUCCCAACGUUGAGAUGUCCCAUACGAUCGAGGAUCCGGAUGAUCUAAAGGCUGGCUCGUCGAUCGUUCUAUCGGUCAAUCUCGAAAGAGAAGUGGAUGAGGAUGAGAGUGAGGACUCGCAGCUCGUUGUCGCCCCCUUCUACCCUGUGAAGAAGAUGGCCAACUGGUGGCUUGUGGUCGGGGAGCCUUCCACUAAGCAGCUGCUCAGCAUCAAGAAGGUCACAGUACACCGAUCCCUCUCGCAGAAACUGGAGUUUACACUGCCGAAGGGCGAGCACAAGCUCAAACUCUACUUGAUCUGUGACUCGUACAACGGUGCAGACCAAGACUUCGAUGUGGAGGUCACCGUUGCCGAAGGCGAGGACAGCGACGAAGACGAGGACGAUGAGGACAUGGAUGAAGAUUAGAUGGCCUUCCUUAGUGUUGUGCGCGCGAUUAGUCACAUUGAUCUUGUGUAGCCCAAUAUUUGUGUGCAAGCUGUAAUUCUAUUUAUGAUCACG